AUGAUUACCGGUGUGUCCACCGUUUGUGGAGGCCUCCUGCUUGGACCUCUUGGCUUGGCACUUGGUGGCACAUUUGGUGGAAUCACAGUAUAUUGUAUGAGUAAGAACAAGUUCAAGCCUGUCCCAAAAAUAUUGAUGGAAGAUCUUACAGUUCGUCAGAAGGAAGAAUUGGUUAGAUUUGUUCAGGCUGUUAUUAAUGACAUUAGAGCAGAAGAUGCAGCUAUGCUUGCAUCAUUGAUUCUCGCUGAUAGAACUCUGUCUGUAACUGUACUGCAGUUGGUAACAAAUUUUCUGAGAACUCAGAUAGGUGCAGAAGUAACUGAUCCAAGCUAUCUUCAGUAG